CCCACAUGAAAAGUAGCCAACGUUCAAAUUACAGGUGAAACAAAUUCACCAGAAAAUCUGAGAAAUUGUUAAGAUUUCUGUAUUGAAUUAAAGAGAAAAAAGGUGGAAACUUUAUUGCUUUUUGGCCAUAAAAAGAUGGAAAGUAAAGUAAGAGGAGAAGAAGAGAGACAAAAAGUGGAAAGAUUGGUGGAAAAGUUAAAGGUUCAUAAUAAUAAUAAUAAUCGAUCUUCAACUCCGGCGCACAUUAGCUUCGUUCCUAACUCAAUCGUUGUGUCCUCUAGAAAGCUCGCUGCUGCUUUCUGGGAGUUUCAUCAGUACCACUACAAAGACGAAGAAGAUUGCUCUUACUCUUACCUCUCCUCUGCUUCUGCUAAAAUGCACCGCGGCCCAAAUGGUUUCGCCGGAGCUAGUAGCCGCCGUCAACGUCACGGAAAGGCGGUUGCGGUUAAGGAGAAUGGUCUUGACCUUUCUCAAUUCCUUCGAGAUCCUUCUCCUGAUCAUCAGGUCUUUCUCUAAGAUCUUACCUUUUUUGGACUUUUGCAACUGUUGAUCGGUUUGUCCUAGAUUCAGCUGAAUCAAUCGGUUUAGUAUUAUGGGUAGUGUUAAAGUUUGGAUUUUGAAACGUGGGUCGUAAUGAUUUACUGUGAAUUCUGAUGAUUUUUGGUGUUAUGGCCCUUGUGGGUUUAGUCUAGGGUUACUCUGUUCUUGGCAUUUUAGUUCUGCAACUGCAAGUGAUUUGUAUUGGAUUCACAAUGUAAAAGUUGCGAUUUUUAAGUUUCAUAUCAGCUCAGUAUAGUAUACGCUAGUUAGGUUAGUGAGGAGAGUGAUUCUAUAUGAAAAACUAUAGUUUUAUCUGAAUCUUAAGACAAUGCGAUUGAUGGUGGUGUUCUCAGUCAGAGUUUAAGGUUCUUUUAUGAUCAAUUGAGUAGGUGUGGACCACCGUGUGGUUUUGGAUAUGGAUCUCUCAGUUCUUGACUAUCUGAUAUGGUCCUACUUUCUCAGCCAGAUAGUGCGGGAAGUCUAAGGAGACAGAUUGGUCAAAUGUUGAUAAAGCAUCAUCAAUCAAUCGAUAGAAACAAUCACGCUCUUCAGCCUGUAUCUCCUGCUAGUUACGGAAGCUCUCUCGAGGUUACGACAUACAACAAAGCAGUAACUCCAAGUAGUUCAUUGGAGUUCCGAGGAAGACCGUCUAGAGAACCUCACUACAAUCUCAAGACAUCAACCGAACUUCUUAAAGUACUGAACCGUAUUUGGAGCCUUGAGGAGCAGCAUGUCUCCAAUAUCUCCUUGAUAAAAGCUUUGAAAACCGAGGUGGCUCAUUCACGCGUUCGAAUCAAGGAGCUUCUUAGGUACCAGCAAGCCGAUAGACACGAGCUAGACAGUGUGGUGAAGCAACUCGCUGAAGAAAAGUUGUUGAGCAAGAAUAAGGAAGUUGAGCGGAUGAGCUCUGCUGUUCAGUCCGUGAGGAAAGCGUUAGAAGAUGAGCGGAAACUUAGAAAACGUUCUGAGAGUUUGCAUAGGAAAAUGGCAAGAGAGCUCUCGGAAGUGAAGUCUUCGUUGUCUAACUGUGUCAAGGAGCUUGAGAGAGGGUCUAAAUCAAAUAAGAUGAUGGAGCUACUCUGCGAUGAGUUUGCCAAAGGGAUCAAGAGUUACGAAGAGGAGAUUCACGGUUUAAAGAAGAAGAAUCUUGAUAAGGAUUGGGCGGGUCGAGGUGGAGGAGAUCAGUUGGUUCUUCAUAUUGCGGAAUCUUGGCUUGACGAAAGGAUGCAGAUGAGAUUAGAAGGUGGAGAUACAUUGAAUGGUAAGAACAGAUCAGUGCUGGAUAAGCUGGAGGUUGAGAUCGAGACAUUUCUUCAGGAGAAGCGGAAUGAAAUACCGAGAAACCGCCGGAAUUCACUUGAAUCUGUUCCGUUUAACACCUUGAGUGCACCACCGCGGGAUGUAGACUGUGAAGAAGACUCUGGAGGAAGCGAUUCUAAUUGCUUUGAGCUCAAGAAACCUGCAGAGUCUUAUGGAGACGAAACUAAGAAACCAAACCAACAUAACAAAGACGGUUCGAUUGAUGAAAAGCCGAAAAGCCCGUCGAGUUUCCAAGUGAACUUUGAGGAUCAAAUGGCGUGGGCGUUAUCGAGUAACGGAAAGAAGAAAACCACCCGAGCUAUUGAAGACGAAGAAGAAGAAGAAGAUGUAAAGCCUGAGAACAGCAACAACAAUAAGAAACCAGAAAAUGAGUGUGCUACUACGAACAAGAACGAUGUAAUGGGGGAAAUGAUACGAACACACAGAAGGUUAUUGUCCGAAACUCGUGAAAUCGAUGAAGCGUCUUGCAAUUUCCCAUCUUCUCGAAGACAAGCAAGUCCAGUUCGACAAUGGAUUUCAAGAACCGUCGCACCUGAUCUUCUAGGCCCGUCGGAGAUUGCGAUAGCUCAUGGAGUAAAGGAUAAUACUUUGAAAACUAAGCUAGCAAACAGUUCAAAGUCGCGUCUUCGGUUAUUCAAAGGCUAAUCUAUCCAGAGUGGUUCGGUCGAAAACGGACAAAAACGAGAGUUCUUGUUGGAUACACACAGAUCCCUGAGUUUCAUUCAUAUUCACGUUCUUUGUAAAUCAAACACAUCUAUAUAUUUGUAUAAUCGAUUGCAAAUUUUUGGAUCAUUUUGUAAACAUAGUAAGCCAAGGUGAAGUCUGUUAUUUUUUUUUCUGUUGGUCUGUUGGAGAGCGCAAUAUUUUAAACUGCGACGUUUGAAUUGAGGCCC